AUGGCGGCGCCCGGCGCGGCGGGGCUGGGCGGGCGGCUGCGGGCCUGGCUGCCCCGGCUGACACAAGUGAGGUGGAGUCGCUACAACGCCCAGUUUCUAGAGCCAGAAGUGGACAAGGAGUUGCUCCAGAAGUCCUGGGAUGAGCUGUCCAAGGAGGAAAAGGCAAGACAGGAGCUCAGGGCUGUUCGACCCAUCAAAGCUGCUCCUUCCAACGUCUCCAGUUCUGUGUUCAGCGACCCUAUGAUCAGUAAAUUCACCAACAUGAUGAUGAAGGAUGGAAAUAAAGUGCUGGCCAGAAGCCUUAUGGCACAGACCCUAGAGGCCGUUAAAAGGAAGCAGCUGGAGAAGUACCACAAGGCUGCAGAACACGAGAAGGAGAAGAUUGAGUGCAACCCAUAUGUAAUUUUCCACGAGGCUCUGAAAAACUGUCAGCCUGUUAUAGGGCUCUGCAGCAUCACAAAAGGAGGCAAAACCUACCAGGUGCCAAUCCCCCUCAAGGACAACCGCAAGCGCUUCCUGGCCAUGAAGUGGCUCAUCACGGAGUGCAGGGAGAACAAGCACCGCCGCACGCUGCUGCCCGAGAAGCUCUCGCAGGAGCUGCUCCAGGCCUUCCGCAACGAGGGGCCCGUCGUCAAGAAGAAGCACGUGCUGCACAAGAUGGCCGAGUCCAACCGCGCCUACGCCCACUUCCGCUGGUGGUAGGGCCGCCACGCGGGA